GAAUUCCAAAAAUUUGUCAAAUGCCAAAUCUAAGAAACAGCUCCAUUUUCAUUUCCACGAAAUUGUUGCAACAAUUUUAGAGAGAGAAAACUCAUACCAUUUUCAGAGAUCAGGCGAAAUUCUAAGGGCAUUGGAUUUGAAUAUUCGAUAUGGAUUUUAACCCACCUGCAGGGGAGGACUAUGCGCACCCACAGAUAUGCUUUUUUCAUGUGCUCUUCAAGGCAGCAGCACUAGCGUUUUAUAUUCUGUCAGCUCUAUUUGUUGAUAGUUUUGUUAUCAUCUUUGUGAUAACUGUUCUUUUAGCUGCUCUUGACUUUUGGGUGGUUAAGAAUGUGAGUGGGCGUAUCCUGGUGGGUUUAAGAUGGUGGAAUGAAAUAGAUGAUAAUGGCGAGAGUGUGUGGAGAUUUGAGUGCCUUGACCAAGAGUCAAUGGCUCGUAUGAACAAGAAGGAUUCCUGGCUGUUCUGGUGGACUUUGUACCUAACAGCUGUUGCUUGGUUCUUUCUCGCGAUAUUCUCCCUCAUUAGAUUCCAAGCUGACUAUCUUCUCGUUGUUGGAGUUUGCUUGACUCUCAGCGUCGCAAAUAUUGUUGGUUUUACUAGAUGUCGCAAAGAUGCUAAGAAACAGCUCCAAGCAUUUGCAACCCAGACUCUUACUUCUCGAUUCUCCUCUACACUACAGUCGGCAUUUAGUGUUGUUUGACCCAUUUAUACGCAACAAGCUAGUUAUGGAAGGAAACUGUUCGUCAUUGUCCACCACUACGAACAAUCAUGUAUUGACAUGGUCUUUUCUCAGACUUCUCCUUCACUGAGGCUUGUAUAUGUAGAAUAUAUGAACGAACUUGAAAAACAUUUUUGUUCUCUUCAGUUUUCACGAAUUAAAUUGCUUCAUUGUUUUCUGUUUAGACUGUUUUUAGCUCCGCUGUUGAAUAGGUCAACAGGUGGACUCUAGCGUCAACGAAUUUGUUAUAAUAGUGAACCUUUUCUUCUGUAUGAGUCGAUAUUAUUUGCAAUUCAAGCUCUAAAGUGUGACCA